UGUAGAGGGGGCGGAGCUGGACGGACACUACGGUCCAGGUGACCCAUAAGUCCGGGCUCAGGCGGCUCUCUCCUCUCAGUAGGUGUCUACAGCUCGACAAUGGCAGGCGUCCGCUUUCUAACAUGGCUCGUCCUGGUCUCCGUGUCACCCGUGCUGUCAGGUUGUUUUACACUAGACGGGGUCCAGGUCUACGAAGUAGUCAAGCCAAUCCAACUGCAUGCCCUUCAUAAGCGAGAUUUAGAGGCCAGACCUGCAACGGUGAGAUAUGCCAUGGCUCUGGGCGGAAAACCUGUCGAAAUGCAUCUGCAGAGAAAUGAUGACUUUUUAACCGGAGACUACACAGAAACGUAUUACGCAGACGACGGGACUCCUGUGACAACCAAACCCCAGGAGCUGGAUCUCUGCUACUAUCAUGGGAAGAUCGUGAACGAAAGCAAUUCAGUGGUUAGCCUGAGCACAUGUGACGGGCUGCGAGGGUAUUUCCAAAUGGCAGAACAGAGGUAUCUUAUCGAGCCUUUGUCCGAGGACGGUGAUCAUGCAGUGUUCAAGUAUGAGGAAGUGACCAAUACUCCAGCUGUGUGUGGCGUCACAAAUACCACCUGGGAGGAUGCUGUGCUUCCCCCUUCCACCAGAAUGUUCAAAUCACGCUCUUUUGGGCCAACAUUGCUCCAGCAACAAAAGUACAAUGAAAUCAUUCUUGUGGCUGACAACAGAAUGUUCAAGAAGAUGAACAGUGAUGUCAACAGUGUGAGAAAGAGGAUCUUCGAGAUGGUCAACUUCGUUAAUGCUGUGUAUAAAGAGGUGAACACUUUUAUUGCUCUGAUCAGUCUUGAAGUGUGGACAGACGCGGACAAGAUUGUAGUGACGGCCCCGGCUGGCGAGACGCUGGAUAAGUUUACCUCGUGGAGGAACAGUGUCCUAAUGAAAAACAUGAAGCAUGACAACGCUCAUCUGAUCACUGGGAUUGACUUUGAAGGUACGACAGUGGGACUGGCGUUCAUUGGCACUCUGUGUACGGGUCAUUCCACCGGCGUCAUCCAGGAUCAUAAUCCACGUGUCAUAGCUGUUGCUGCCACCUUGGCACAUGAGAUGGGACAUAACCUGGGAAUGAACCAUGACACUAGCUCGUGUGUUUGCACCCAGUCCAGCUGCAUCAUGACUGCUGCUCUCACCUACAACAUCCCCGAGCUCUUCAGUAGCUGCAGCAUCAGCAGCUAUGAGCAGUUCCUGAACUCGCGUAACCCUGAGUGUCUUUUCAACAAACCGCAAGCCAAAGACCUGGUCCAACCUUCGGUUUGUGGCAAUGGCUUUAAGGAGACUGGAGAGGAGUGUGACUGUGGAUCUGUGACGGAGUGCAAAAACCCGUGCUGCAAUGCCACCUCAUGUAAACUUACGGCGGGAUCCAUGUGUGCCGAUGGAGAGUGCUGUAAUGACUGUAAGAUUGUGGAUGACCAUCGAAUCUGUCGUGCCAAGCGUGAUGAGUGUGACCUUCCUGAAUAUUGCACGGGUGAUUCGAGCUUAUGCCCUGAGGAUGACUUUGCUGUAAAUGGUCUUCCAUGCAACAACGACAAUGGCUAUUGCUACAACGGGCAGUGCCCGCAACGGGAAAACCAGUGCAUCAAAAUGUGGGGGUCAAGUGCUGUGGUAGGAGGGGAUUUCUGCUACAAUCAGAACACAAGGGGAAUAUACUAUGCUUACUGUACACGGCCUGCCAACGACCAGUAUAUAGGAUGCCAGAAACAAGAUAUCAAGUGUGGAAAGCUUUUUUGUGAACAAGGCCAGGGCAACCCAAACUAUGGCCGGUUGGUCCAGUUCAACUCCUGCAAAGCUACUUUCUACGGUGACCGUGACAGUGACUUUGGCCAAGUGGACACUGGGACAAAAUGCGAUGAUGAGAAGGUGUGUAGCCAGAAUCAGUGCGUGAGCUUAGAAGUCGCCUACAUGGCAACCAACUGCUCAGACAAAUGCCUAGGCCAUGGGGUUUGUAAUCACAAGCGAGAAUGCAGCUGUGACCCCGGGUGGCUGCCACCCAACUGCAACAAGACCAGUGAUGAUAAAAAGGGACAAACAGGCAUGCGUAUUGCCAUCGCCUUGAUAGUCUGUAUCGUGGUGGUGGCCAUUUUAAUUGGGCUGGGUAUAGGAUUUGUGAAACACAGAAAUAGUUGUCUACGUCAGACAGGUGCGCAGGUCGUAGUGACCAACAGGGCAGACAAUAUGUACUCAAACCAACCAAGAGCGCCCUUUCCUCAUCAGCUCCAAUCCACGGCAAUCCGUCCAAAAGGCCCUCCACCACCCCCUCCAACUAAGCCAUCUGCUCCACCCUUGAUCCUGCACACUGACUUCAGAGCGGCACAAAAGGCUCUUCGACCAGUUCCACCUCCACCGAGGGUGUAAAAAAGAAAAGAAAAGAAAUCAACCCAACUUGAGAUGGUUAUACGGAACAAAUCCAGCACUAGAGUAUGAUUUGGGUGUGGUUUCCACCAGACCAUAACUACCGAAAAUAACUGAUUGAGCAAAGUGAUUGGCCAAUACCCCGGAGUUCUGCCUUUUACCAGAAAUAUCUGGUUUACACAUGACCUAAAUCUUGUAGUGCAUGGAAGAUGUCCAAAUGGGACUUAGUUGCACCCUCUAGAGGCCAACACAGGAAGUAUGGAUCCUUCCACAAAUCCGUUACUGAAAUCUGACACCUUGCACCUUGGUUCUACACCCAAUAGCUGGAAAAUUAGCAAAACUAAUGAUUGUUUUUCAAGGACUGAUUGUGUUCGAGGAAUAUUUUGGAGGAAUUUUGCCUGUAAUCCUGGUUUCACGCCGUACAACUGUUUGCGUCAAAUUUCACACCAAGUCCAACAACAACCAAGUGUUACUAUUUUGGGCACCCCAGCAUUCGAUUAUUAGUUACAAGCAGGUGUUCUAUCUGUCUUUUUUUUUUUGGAGACUAUUUAAUGUGUAAUAAUUAAUAUUUCAGGAGCUCCAAGAAUCCCACUGCAAAAAAAUCUCACCCAUGGCAAGCAUGUGAUAAACCAAAAGAAAGAGGAUAACAUCUCUCCACUGGGAAACCAUUUUUUAAUAGGUCUCUGUUUUAAGUUUCAUGUGCCUUCACUGCAGUCCUUUUGGAACGUUUGUGGAUGAAACCCCUGGAGCUGAAUAAGGUUUUGACACGGCAUGUCCAGGGUCAAUCGCCCAUCAUUUUCUGAUACUUUUACUCAGGGCAAACAAAACCACUUUUAAUAGCACAGUAACUUCAAUCAAAUUGUUUCUUGUAAAUACUUUAUAAACAAAUUAUUUAUUUUCCUACUAGAGUGCCAUGACUGUGAAUAGGAGUCACUGGAGAUAUACUGUUAUAAAACACUGUACAUGUGCAACAAAUGAGGCUGUAUUCAAUAAUCUUUUUUUUUUUUACCAAUUUAUUUAAAAAAGAAAAUGUAGCAGUAACUAAAGUGUUUACUGAAUAAAACAUUUAUAUUUGCUGCCUAAUGAUAUUAAUACUUUCUAAAUAAAAUGUAUAUUUUAUAUUAAAAAGCCA